UCAAACACCCGUAUAUUAAGAAUUCAGUCGUCAUGACAUCGUCUCAUCGGACGGUCGACUCGAAGCGCGAAGAAUUCCGCAAGUAUCUCGAAAAAGCCGGCCUGUUGGACGUCCUCACGAAAGUCUUAGUUGGACUAUAUGAGGAGCCCGAGAAGCCAGCCAAUCCUCUAGAAUUCGUUCAGCGUCAUCUUCAUGACGGCGACCCGGAGACUCAUGACAUUGAGAAGCUGCGUCAGGAGGUCGUCGAAUUGAGGGCGAAGAACGCGUCGCUGGAGGAAGAUAACGCGGCACUGAAGGCGAGAAUCGAACAGCUAGAUGUACAAGAGGCGUCAGGGGAGCAGACGUGAAAUGGAGAGAUGACGUGAUGAGUGGUGAUGAAGAGAUUUGCUUAUUGAGUAGAUUAUUGAGCAUAGAAUGUGUGUUCUAAGUGACAUGUUUGUCGAUGAGUGUCGAUCGUUUUUGUGGAGAUUUGAAGUCGCAGUCCUGUAUAUUCGUGUACUAUUGCUUCUCAGCUGUAACUUCUAACAACUGUGAUAUUGUUGGUAGA